GACGGACACGUUUACAGUGUGACUCUUAGCUCAGGGUGACAGCAGCCUCGUGUUUAACUUGAAUUAUUCUGUUAUAAUUAAAGUUUCGGAUGUCUUAGUUUGGCACAGACACGCGGGUAAAGAGGAGGAAACAUCACGCAGCGUCACGAACUCUGACCCCGGAAGUGAAGCGCGUGUCGGUGGAUUUUGUUGGAGAUUAGCAUUAGCAUCGGAGCUAACAGACUCGAACCUUCAGGACCGCAGCGCAUUUCCGGAGUUUUGUCACAGUCUGAGUCUCAGCCGCCCCGGGACAGUCUGACAUGUCCGGCCCGUCGUCCUACGCCGUGAGGAUGGCUCGUCUCGGCGCGCAGAUCUUCGGGGAGGUGGUGCGGCCCACGGACACUCGGUCUCUGAAGGUGGUGCGUCUGUUCCGAGAGCAGCCUCUGGCCAAACGCAAAGAGGUGUACGACUGGUACCCGCAGCACAAGAUCUACUACGCCAUGACCCAGAAACUCCGCUUCCUCGGCCUCUUCAGGGAUGAACACGAGGACUUUAAAGAGGAGAUGCGGCGUCUGCGCAAACUCAAAGGAAAAGGAACGCCCAAAAAAGGAGAAGGGAAGCGAGCCACCAAGAAGAAAUGACUCGACUGAGCCCGAGUCGAGUCCACGUGUGUUUGUGUGUGUUUGAGUCGAGUCCACGUGUGUUUGUUUGAGUCGAGUCCACGUGUGUGUGUUUGAGUCGAGUCCACGUGUGUUUGUGUUUGUGUUUGUUUGAGUCGAGUCCACGUGUGUUUGUGUGUUUGUUUGAGUCGAGUCCACGUGUGUUUGUGUGUGUUUGAGUCGAGUCCACGUGUGUUUGUGUGUGUUUGAGUCGAGUCCACGUGUGUUUUUGAGUAAAUAAACAAAAUGUUCAAAUGCUC